AUGGGCGCCCUGCCGACCUUCCUCUCCCAGCUCCCCGUGCUGGUCCUGGCAAUGCUCCUUGUCCGCGGAUCUCUUGGCGAAGACGACGACAUUCUCUUUCAUCCCGACUGGGGGUUUGACUCCUAUGAAAUCACCAUCCCGGCGGAGCUGAGCUUCAGGGGAGGGAAGCAAGGAGCAGUCAGCCCCUUGUCCUACGUCCUGAGGAUAAAAGGCAAGAAGCACAUCCUACACCUGUGGCCCAAGCAGUCUCUGUUGCCCCGACAUCUGAGUGUUUUCUCCUUCACAGACCAGGGCGAGCUGCUGGAAGAUUACCCUUACCUUCCCAAGGAUUGCAGCUACGUGGGCUCCGUGGAAGGGUCCCAGGACUCUGGAGCUACGCUAACUACGUGCAUGGGGGGUCUCCGAGGCAUAGUGAACCUGGAUGCCAAAUAUUACCAAAUUGAGCCGCUCAAGACCUCUUCCAGUUUUGAACAUGUUGUGUAUCUCCUAAAGAAAGAGCAAUUGAGCAAUCAGACUUGUGGUUUGACUGAUGAAGAAGUAGAUCAAAUGGCCCAGGAGCAGGACAUGGCUAGGGCAAGGGACUAUCUAUUAUCCUAUAAACACCCGAAGUAUAUGGAAUUGGUCAUGGUCGUUGAUCAAAGUAGAUUUAUGUUUUCACAAAGAAAUCUUACUCAAGUAGUAAAUGAUGCCAUUCUUUUGGCUGCAAUUAUAGACACCUACUAUGAAGAUGUCAGUUUGAGGAUACACCUAAAAGCUCUUGAAGUAUGGACAAAUUAUAACAGAGUAUUUGUUGGAUAUCCCACUUUAGCUGAAGUUUUAGGCCAAUUUGUACUAUAUAGAGGAAGACACCUAAAUCGUCGAUUUCCAUCAGAUUGGGCUCAUUUAUAUGUUACCAGAACAUAUAAGGAUGCAGUUGCAUGGUCCUUUGGAAGAGUUUGUGAUCUGGACCACGCUGGAUCAGCAAGCAUCUUUCCCAGUCUGAAUCUCCUUGGGCCCGCCACGUGGACUGCCCAUGAACUGGGCCAUUCGGUGGGAAUGAUACAUGAUGAACAGUACUGCCAGUGCAGGGGCAGGCGGAGCUGCAUCAUGGGCACAGGACGUGCUGGCUUUAGUAACUGUAGUUAUGUCUAUUAUUUUAAAUUUGUAUCUGUAAAAGCAAAGUGUCUAAAUGACAUCCCAGGGCUGGGUUUUGUGGAUAAGAAAUGUGGAAACAAAAUUGUGGAAGAUGAUGAAGAAUGUGAUUGUGGUUCACUAGCAGACUGUCUAAAAGACCGGUGUUGUGGAAUAGACUGUAAAUUGAAACAUGGGGUCAACUGUAGCAUUGGGCUUUGCUGCCGUGAAUGUCGCUUUCUUCCAUCUGGAUAUGUGUGUAGACAGGAAGAAAAUGAGUGUGACCUUGCAGAGUACUGCAAUGGGACCUCAGGCUUCUGCCCAGAGGACACUUACAAGCAAGAUGGAACCCCUUGCAAGUACAAAGGUCUUUGUUUCCGGAAGGGGUGCCGAUCAAGAUAUAUGCAGUGCCAAAGCAUUUUUGGACCCGAUGCCAAGGAGGCACCUAAUCGUUGCUAUGAUGUAGUUAAUUUAGUGGGUGAUCAGUAUGGUAACUGUGAGAUUACAGAUGCUACCACAUAUCAAAAGUGUACUCAGGGAAAUGCCAUCUGUGGCAGGCUGCAGUGUAUAAAUGUCAAAACCAUCCCUGACAUGCCAGAGCACACUACUUUAAUUUCCACCUAUCUGAAGGAUGAAAACCUCAAGUGCUGGGGCACAGGCUACCAUUUUUCCAUGCAGCCCAUGGCGAUACCUGACAUAGGUGUGAUUAACGACGGCACCUCUUGCGGAGAGAACCGGGUGUGUGUUAACAGAACUUGUGUCAAUAAAUCAGUCCUGCAGUUUGACUGUUUGCCUGCAAAGUGCAACAACCGAGGCGUGUGCAACACUAAAAAGAAUUGCCACUGCAUGUAUGGCUGGGCCCCUCCAUUCUGUGAGGAGACAGGGUAUGGUGGCAGCAGUGACAGUGGGCCCCCUGCACCCAUAAAGAAGGUGGUGCCUUCAUCAAUAAGGAUUGUGUUCAUUUCGCUGUUGCGCCUUAUUUUAUUCGGAAUUUCAGUGAUUUUUGUGUUUUUCAGGCAAAUGAUAGUAAAGUGUUUAUGUCAUACCCAGAAAAGACCACCAGACGGGAACACAUAG